UUGUCACCUCCCUGCGCAAAUUAGGGCUUCUCCUUCGCAAGACUGUGUGUGUGUGUGUGUGUGUUCGUUCACUCCCUACCUUAAAAUCAGUACUCUCUCUCUCUCUCUCUGUCACUCUCCAUCUCUAUCUUUUGCAACUUCUCUGUUUCUAUUCUCUUGACGCAUUUGUAUGAAUUAGUCUUUGUUUUAAGAAGAUGAACGAAAUUUUGGUGAUUUCAAGAACAGCGAUUCUCCAGUUUCAAAUUUCUUCCUCGGUUUAUCGAAUGCCCAUCUUGUGAUGACCGUUGUUGUUCAGCAUCCAAAAAUGCAGAGUGCUGAAAAUGUCGGAUGAUGCUGGACAGAUGUUGCUCAUCUAUGAUGAUCCCUCAGAUCAGAGAUCACUGUCUUUGGACGAUGCUAGUAGUUCUGAGGAAUCUCCAGACGGGACUACCCUCUCUUUAGAAGCAGUUCACGAUGCCAUUCCAUACAACGGACAGAGGUUCCUUACGCAUGAUGCUGCUUACGAGUUCUACAGUACGUUUGCUAAGCGUUGCGGGUUCUCCAUACGUCGUCACAGGACAGAAGGCAAAGACGGAAUUGGCAAAGGACUCACCAGGCGGUACUUUGUUUGCCAUCGUGCUGGUAACACACCUGUCAAAACUCUUAGUGAAGGUAAACCACAGAGAAACAGAAGAUCUUCUCGUUGCGGUUGUCAAGCAUACUUGAGGAUCAGUAAAAUUACUGAGUUAGGUUCAACGGAAUGGCUUGUUACGGGUUUCGCUAAUCACCACAAUCAUGAACUCCUAGAACCAAAUCAAGUUCGUUUUCUUCCUGCAUAUAGGUCCAUAUCAGAUGCAGAUAAAAGUAGGAUUUUGAUGUUUUCAAAGACUGGAAUUUCAGUUCAGCAGAUGAUGAAGCUCUUGGAGCUUGAGAAGUGUGUCGAGCCUGGCUUUUUACCAUUCACUGAGAAGGAUGUCAGAAAUUUGCUUCAGUCAUUCAAGAAACUUGAUCCUGAUGAUGAGAACAUCGAUUUCUUGAGGAUGUGCCAAAGUAUAAAGGAGAAAGACCCUAACUUUAAGUUCGAGUUUACUCUAGAUGCAAAUGACAAGUUGGAAAACAUUGCCUGGUCAUAUGCUUCUUCCAUUCAGUCAUAUGAAAUCUUUGGAGAUGCUGUAGUUUUCGAUACAACACAUCGCUUAAGUGCAGUUGAGAUGCCACUUGGAAUAUGGGUUGGAGUUAAUAACUAUGGUGUGCCUUGCUUCUUUGGUUGUGUGCUUUUACGGGAGGAAAAUUUGAGAUCGUGGUCGUGGGCACUACAGGCAUUCACAGGGUUCAUGAAUGGGAAGGCACCUCAAACGAUAUUAACAGACCAUAAUAUGUGUCUCAAAGAAGCCAUAGCUGGAGAGAUGCCAACCACUAAGCAUGCACUCUGCAUAUGGAUGGUUGUUGGAAAGUUUCCAUCCUGGUUUAAUGCUGGUCUUGGGGAGCGGUACAACGACUGGAAAUCUGAAUUUUAUCGCCUCUACCAUCUGGAAUCCGUUGAGGAGUUUGAGUUGGGUUGGAGAGACAUGGUGAACUCUUUUGGACUGCACACUAACAGACACAUAAACAACUUGUAUGCCUCACGUUCCAUGUGGUCUUUACCAUAUUUGAGAAGUCAUUUUUUAGCUGGAAUGACUUUGACUGGCCGAUCCAAAGCUAUUAACGCCUUCAUACAGAGGUUCUUGAGCGCACAAACCCGGCUAGCUCACUUCGUAGAACAAGUGGCUGUUGCUGUGGAUUUCAAAGACCAAGCUACAGAACAGCAAACAAUGCAGCAGAAUCUUCAAAACAUUAGCCUAAAAACUGGAGCCCCCAUGGAAUCUCACGCAGCCUCGGUCCUCACUCCUUUCGCGUUCUCCAAGCUCCAAGAACAGCUUGUGCUUGCAGCUCACUAUGCAUCGUUCCAGAUGGAUGACGGGUAUCUCGUGAGGCACCACACAAAACUGGAUGGAGGAAGAAAAGUCUAUUGGGUUCCACAAGAAGGCAUCAUAAGCUGCAGUUGCCAACUGUUUGAGUUCUCUGGGUUCCUCUGCAGGCACGCACUCCGUGUUCUCUCUGUCUCUGAAUCAGCUAAAUCGAAGGAGAGGCUAGAUAUAGCAACUGAGCAAACCUCAAUCCUCUUAUCCCGCAUCAGAGAGCAGCCAGUCUCUUCUUCACUUGCUCUCCGAGACAUUUCUUCUGUGCAGAGGAAUUUUUGAUACCGCAAUGCUAUGCGUGUCUAACGAUUUUUAGAUAAAAUUAUUACUUUGUUAACCUAAUCUUACAAGGAAACUUU